UCGAGCGCCAAAUGGCGAGUAAGCGAAUUUCGUGCAACAAAAGAAGUUUGGAUUUGACCGACGAAGCACCGGGCGGAAGCCAUGCCAAGCGCCAGUGCAGCGAGAACCUCUUCUGGCCGGAGGGCGAAGACAGCGACAGCUUCUUCUCCAACGCGAAUCUGGAGGAUCUGCUGGAUGGACCCAAGGAGGAGCUCUUCGGGACACAGGCGGCCGAGACAGGCAACAACAAGUUGCAGACAAGUGGAUCGGAUGAGGGACUGGGGCUGUUCGUCGACACAUCCUUCUCAGACACCCAGAAAGCCUCCCUAGAGAGAUCCUACCAAGCCAGCGAAACCAGUGCCCCCACAAAUGGCCAUAAAAUUGAUUUAGUUGAUGAGGACAACGCCGACGAGGUAUUCAAGAAAAUCAACCUCAAUGACCUGAGCAUUGGCGAAAUGGAGGAUAUAUUCCAUGGCGCAGACGACUCCAGUGAACCCAUGCUGCAAAACACACAGCUCUUCUUGGAUGCGGUGAACUUUAAAGUGCCCAGGACACCGGAGAAGCUACUGCCAGCCGUCAAGGACGAGUCCAUGUCGUUUAUUUCCAGAUCUGUGAUAGAAGGCAUUGUGCAGGGCACGCAAUAUGUGACCUGCGAAGAGCUAAAGAACCAAUCCAUUCUUGAUCCCAUAAACUGGGAGACUCAGGCUUUUGCGGACUUUGAAAAGGAUGAUCAAGUCAAGGAAAACUUUCCCAGCAAGGGUGAAUUCUAUGGCCUGCCGGAUAAGGUCAAGAAGAUGAUACUCGAGCACAAGGGCAUCAAAAGUCUUUACGAAUGGCAGGAUGAGUGUCUGAAUCUACCUGCGAUUAGAAAGCGAAAAAAUCUUAUCUAUGCUCUCCCCACGAGCGGUGGUAAAACCCUAGUGGCCGAAAUUCUUAUGCUGCGCGAACUGCUUUGUCGCGAGCGCAAUGUGUUGUUUAUCCUGCCAUAUGUGUCUAUAGUCCAGGAGAAGGUCAGCGCCAUGUCUCCAUUUGCCAUCGAUCUGGACUUCAUUGUGGAGGAGUACACGGCCGGCAAGGGCAAGUGUCCGCCUCAGCCGCGUCGCAAGAGGCGCAGUCUGUUCAUUGCCUCCAUUGAAAAGGGAGCUGUGCUGAUGGACAGCCUGAUUGAUGUGCAGCGACCUCACGAGAUUGGUCUCGUGGUAGUCGACGAACUGCAUUUGAUUGGCGAAAAGGGCAGAGGAGCCACAUUGGAGGCAUUCCUCACAAAGGUGAUGUUUUUGAAUGCCAAUAUACAAAUUGUGGGCAUGAGUGCCACGAUAGGAAAUCUUAGCGAAAUAUCCUCCUUUCUUAAUGCAGAUGUCUACACGAGAGGCUUUAGACCCGUGGAGUUAAAGGAGUACAUUAAAUGUGGCAGAGAUUUGUUAGAAAUCAAUUCGACUGGUCAAACGCUGGAGGAAAUCUUCGUACCCAGUCGCAGUGUUGACUACAAUUACAGCGAAGCUGUGAAACGUGCCGAUCCCGACCACUUGGCCGGCUUGAUCAGCGAAUGUGCUCCGGAACAUUGCUGUCUGGUUUUCUGCCCCAGUCGCAAAAACUGCGAGAACGUGGCGCUACUUCUCAGUCGUAUUGUCCCAAAGCAAAAGUUCUUCGAGCACCGACGUAGCGAGAAGGUGGAUCUGAUGGAUGCCCUGGACAAGAUGUGCGGCAUUCUCAGCCCGGUCCUGGCGAAAACGCUGCCCUAUGGCAUAGCCUAUCAUCAUUCGGGAUUGACUACGGACGAGAGGAAGUACAUUGAGACUGCCUAUCGCUUUGGAGUGAUCACAGUUAUCUGUUGUACCUCCACCUUGGCUGCGGGUGUAAAUCUUCCAGCUAAGCGUGUGAUAAUACGAGCUCCCUAUGUGGGUCAGGAAUUUAUGACUUUGUGCAAGUACAAGCAAAUGGUGGGGCGAGCUGGUCGCGCCGGAUUGGGUGAAGCCGGCGAAAGUAUUCUGAUUGCACAAAGCAAAGACAAUUUGCAGGUGGGCCAAAUGCUUUUCUCGCCAAUGGACAAGGCCCUGAGUUCAAUGGACCAGCAGGAGGCAGUUGGAUUGCAAUCACUCAUCCUCAGCGUGGUUGGAUUGAACCUUGCAGAAUGUCGUCGCGAUUUGUACCGGCUGGUGAACAGCACCCUUCUUGCCGUGCAGGCCAGCUCCCUGGAUGUGGCCGUGGACGAUAUAGUGCUCCGGAUCCUACGUGAGAUGUUUAAAAACAAAGUGUUGCAGCUGACCGAACCGCCGGCCAAGUCCAAGAUCAAUUCUUCGGAGAUAAUUACCACUCAGGACGUGAAUCAAACCAAUCGACCGGUUGGCGAGCGCCGUCUGCUCAUUGGCCAGUCCACCCCGUUCAAGUUGACCAACAUUGGUAGAGCUGCUUUCAAGGCGGGCAUCGACUACAAGCGGGCGAAUGCCAUUCACAAGGAGCUGAAGCAGGCCCAGCAGCAGCUCAUCCUGACCAACUACUUGCAUUUGCUGUACCUGGUCGUGUGCUUCAAUUCGAAUGAGCGAGGUGACGAAUUGUUUCCGGCCGAUGCAGGCAUUCUCUUUGGAGUCUACACCUCGCUGCCGCCGGACUCGCAGGCCUUGUUCAAGCAGCUUGGCUUCACAGAGGCCCAUGCAGCCAGGUUAUUCAAGACGCAUUCGGUCCAGGGUCCCUUGUCCCUGCAGCUUAACCGCCUCUACAAGGUGCUCAUCUUGGCGGACAUAUUAAAUCUGUUGCCGCUUCCCUCUGUGGCCACCAAGUACAAUGUGGAGCGGGGAACCCUGCAGCACCUCAUUAGUCAAUCCACAGCCGCCUCCAGUGCCAUUGUCCGCCUGUGCGAGGAGCUGGAGGAGUUCUGGUGCUACAAGCCAUUGUUUGAACGCAUUCUACACAAAAUGGAUCGCUGUGGAACCUUUGAGCUGGAACCGCUAAUGGAACUGCCAGCGGUUAAGAUUAACCGUGCCAAGCAACUGUACGCAGCGGGAUUUCAGACCAUCGAGGACAUAGCCAAAGUAAGGCCCCAGCUUUUAGUGCAAUCCCUAGAGCACAUGCCCCUCAAAGUGGCCACGGAAAUAGUCUCUGCAGCAAAGAUAAUUUUAAUGAAAAAACUAGACCAUCUGGAGGAGGAAACGGAGAACCUCAAGAACUGCCUGAAAAAAUCUGAAAAGGAUUAGUUGGCCAUCGUACCAAGUAAAACAGUAUCUUAAGUAGGUUUUAUAUUUAUUUUCACUUUUGUUUUGAUUGUUAUGCACUCCGACUUAAGUCUUAGAUCUUGGCUGUCCACCACAACGAACACGAUCUCCGACAAAGCUUAAAUAUUACAGACAAUUUGAAUGCAAAUUGCAUUUUUAAAUUAA